CGGUUUUGACAAGAACAUAUUUGACUUCAUUAUCGUUGUUGCGACUCGUGUAUGAAAGCAUUAAAUAACACAUCCAUUUACACCGCCCCCUUCGUGACCCAACUGGUCACGGAGCACGUUCUCAUCACAUCCCUCUUACCUUCCAUUCCAACGCAAACGUUAACAGACACGCUCAAUUCACAAUACCCAUCAGGCAAAAGGAUGAGUCACCAUUCGUCUGCACUUGGGAAAACACCUUCUGGCAACAGAAGAUUAAAAGAUCUAUUGCAGCAACGUGAUAAUCGAACAUGUGCUGAUUGUGGUGCACCUGAUCCUAAGUGGGCGUCGGCUAAUAUAGGAGUGUUCAUAUGCUUAAAAUGUUGUGGUGUUCACAGAAGUCUUGGUGUUCAUAUUUCCAAGGUUUUAUCAGUGACAUUAGAUUCAUGGAGUGAUGCUGAAAUUGAUGCCAUGAUUGAAGUUGGAGGAAAUGCAUCUGCAAAUUCAAUCUAUGAAGCAUAUAUUCCUCAAGGAAUUUCUAAACCUAGACCUGAUGCUACUCAAGAACAUCGUUCAAAUUUUAUCAGGUCAAAGUAUGAGCUUCAAGAUUUCUUGAAACCAAGUUUAAGGAUCUCAUCAAGUAAUUCUAGCUCUCUAAAAUCAAGUUUAUCAAGAAAGAUUAUGGACAAUGUUCCAAGUAAUAAAGGCAUGGUGGAAUUCAUUGGAGUCUUGAAAAUCACAGUGAUAAGAGGAAAAAAUCUUGCUGUUCGUGACAUGCUUUCAAGUGAUCCAUAUGUUGUCCUUACUUUAGGACAACAGAAGGCACAAACAACUGUAAGAAAUAGCAACUUGAAUCCAGUUUGGAACGAGGAGCUUAUGCUUUCUGUUCCUCAGAAUUACGGGCCUGUUAAACUGCAAGUGUUUGAUCACGAUACAUUUUCAGCGGAUGAUAUAAUGGGGGAAGCGGAAAUUUAUAUUAUGCCAUUAAUAACAUCCGCAAUGGCAUUUGGGGAUGCGGGAAUAUUAGAAAAUAUGCAAAUUGGAAAAUGGCUAAAAUCACAUGAUAAUGCACUUUUGGAAGAUAGCAUUGUCAAUAUUAUCGAUGGGAAAGUCAUACAAGAGGUUAAAUUAAAACUCCAAAAUGUUGAAUCCGGUGAAAUGGAUCUUCGAAUAGAGUGGACCCCACUUGACCAAUAAUAAAUAAUUGUGUAAAAUAUUCUAACGUUUUUAUAUGUUUCUUGGAUUUCUAAUACUUAUCUUGUUGUAUUUAUUGGUUUUGGGUUCUUUACGUUAUUAUGAAAGUUACGUUUGAUUUCUCCGUUUAUUUUAAAGGGUUGGAUGUGGAUAAUGACGA